AUGUCUACGCGCAAAGAGAGGGUGCAGCAAGAGCGAGAGCAGCGACGAGCGCUAGCCAAACUAUCUGGCAAUCCCAACGUUACCAGUGCACCCAGGUUUGCAGCGCGACACCCGGAUAGCUAUUAUCACAGCUCGUUAAGCAUAUUCGAGCGACUAUGGGUGGACCGUUACGACUUCUUCCUGCAAAAGGGCUUUCGUCUCCGACCGCGUUACCGACCUGGCUGGACUCCGUCAUGGCUCGAGAGCGGAAGGAUGUCUUUCCGCUGUGAAGACUAUUUCAGACUAGAGGACCCCAAUAUUCUGGACGCGGAGUGCCUCAAGGACGGAUCUCUUGUCUGUCUGAAGAUGCUCUUUUCGAGAAACUCUAAGGAGGCCCAAAUAGGGACAUUCCUAUCUUCACCAGAAAUGCUCAAAGAACAGUGGAAUCACUCCGCCUUCAUCCUGGACCAUUUGGUAGAUCCAGAGCCAGAUGGCUUCGAAUUCAUCGUGAUGCCUCUGCUGCGAAGAUUUGACGACCCUGAAUUUGGAUAUGUCGAGGAAGUUGUCGACUUUGUCACUCAGGUUUUGGAGGGCCUCGUGUUUCUACAUUCCCAUCACAUUGCACACAACGACUUGACUGGGGCCAAUGUUAUGAUGGACGCCCGCCCGAUAUUUCCCAACGGUUGGCACCCAGCGUCCAGUGAUCGUGCCCCAGAUUUCGUGACCAGAGUCACACCCCUACCCAGGAUCUACCAUCCAGUCAAAUACUACAUUAUCGACUUCGGAAUUGCACACCAUCUGGACCCUGGGCAAUCACCCAUCGUGACAGACCUCGGAGGAAGAGAUCGAGACGUCCCCGAGCUGAAGCAUAACUCGGAGUACAACCCAUUCAAGGUGGACGUUUUUACAACAGGGAACAUGUUUUACAAUGAACUCUGGAAGAAAUACCAUAGAUUAGACUUUCUGACUGAACUUAUUGUUUAUGCUAUGACGGAGGACCCGGACCAGCGGCCAACGGCGGAAAUGGUCCUUGACCGCUGGUACAGAAUUGAGCAGUCCAUUUCGCAUCUCACCCGCCAUCUUCGGUUACAGAAGAAAGAGGAGUCGUUUGGAGAGAGUAUCGUUAAAGACGCCGUGGCCAUAGCUCUUCAAGCGCCAUCUAUGAUUAUGGGGAGCCUUCCCCAAGGCGUCGAAGUUGAAAGAUUCUGGCUUGAAGUCUCGCUUCUCAAACUGGCCAACCGCGUCCUGGGAGACCCCACUGAAAUCACGAUGGAUGAUGAACGAUCGGGGGGUUCCACUGCUAACCAUUCCCUAGGACCGAACCUAGCCCUUUCUGUGCGCCUCCACGGCCCGCAGUAUGAAAGGGUCGUGAUUUUAUGGACGACGAAGGAUGCUUUAGCGGCUCGUGUUUGUCUGCAGAAGGUCCCUGGAGGGCAGCUUCUCCUGCUCUGUGGCGGGCUAUGCGAGGUAGCACCCCAUCCACGUACGCUAGUAUUCAUUAUUACUUUUACUCACUGGAACCCCAAUGCGUGCCUGGAAAAUCAAACCGGUUCAUUCUUGCGGAGAUUGCUGGAAGGGGUAUAG